GGGUAGGCGGCGGCGGCGGAGCAUCAAGGACUGCCGGUGUGGUGGUGCGGCUGGAUCUGGGAGCUUUGAGGGAGCGAGCGGUGGAUGGACUGGAGGCCGCCUCCCGCACCGUCUUCUCCGGCCCCCGCCCUGUAGACCGUAUCCGCUCCGCCGCCUGCCGACUGCUGUCCGCCCGCACCGCCUCGCUGGGCGGGCGCGCGCACUGCUGCCGGCUGGCGGCCCUGGCUCGGAGAGUUCCUAGCGGUGUCUAAACCCUGUACCCAUGUGCUGACCUAGCAUUCACUCCUCCAUCCUGAACAACCAAGUAUCCGUCCUCCUGACCUCCCAGUUCACCCCUUCCAUUAUCCUUUCCACACCCGCGCCCACGCCCUCAGGAGAGCACGGGUCGGCCCGGCUGCAUCCACGUGUCCGCGUCCACGCGCAGACUGCUGCCCGCUGGGGAGGACGAGCUGGGCUGGGUCAGCACCGGGGGCGUGGAGGUCAAGGGCAAGGGUCGCAUGGAGACGUUCCUGUGGGAGCCCCAGUCGGAGGGUGCCACACGGCAGCGCCGGGAGCUGCAGCAGCGCGCCAUGCUGCUGGGCACGCUGCCGGACGCUGCCCUGCAGAGCCUUGCGGCAGGGGCGGCGGUGGUGGUAGGAGGAGUAGGGGGCGCGGGAACGGCCGGUGGUGCAGCGCCUGGGCAGAUGACGGCGCCCGCUGUGUCUGAGGUGGGUCUCGGGUCCAGCGCGUCCGGCAGCAGCAGUGGACGGCUGGCGGCGGGCGGAGUCGGUGGGUCCCUGCUGGCUGCAGGACGAGGAGGAGGAGAGGGUACGGGAACAGGAGGGGCAGGGAUGCCAGCAGCGGGAGCAGGAGGGAUGGUGGCGGCGGCGUCGGUGCAAGGCGCUGGAGGGUCACGACUGAUGGCUGAGGGGGCGUGCUCCUCGUCUGCACCGAGGGACCGCGCUGUUGAUCAGUUUAUGCGUGGACGUAUGUCUUGUCGUGAUAGUGGCAAUAGGGGCUAUUAAUUGUGAAGUGACACGCGCAGGUUCAGGUUGUUCGGGGCUGAGGUGCCUCCAAUCCCGCUUUGACUAUACUGCAUUAAAAUAUUCUCUUAAACCGCUUGCUAUAUACCUUUGUUUGUUGUGUAAGAUCUACACUGCUUGCGGAAAUACUUGCCUAGUGCGUGCGGCCACUAGGUGGCCAUCUAUGUGCUGUUACUAAAGUCCUUUUGUUCACACGUUGGACCCCCAUGCAAGCCACUGCUCGAAAAGAAUGAGCUGAAAUGUGACAUCUGCUCUGUUUGGGGUGGCGUGAAAGUUUCUUUGACACGAUGCCGGCCCUGAUGGUGAUGGCAAGCACACAAGGAGAGAACGACGGAGGGCGAUGGUGUAAGGGGUUCCAGAAGGUGGUUCCUCCUGUUCACCAGAGGUGCACCCACUGGGCGUCUACCUCUGUCUUGGGAUCUUACGAUGAGAAUCCUGGAGGUAGCUGGGCCAUCACACUUGCUGCUUCUCCUUGAGCAUUUAAUCGUGCAAUGGCGUGCAGGCCGUAGAUAUAUGGGCAUCAGGCCGUUUGCAAGGAGGGCAGUUCUGUGUAUUUCCGGUUCCGCCUGCUUCUCGUAUUUUGCUGUUGCUGCAAGUAGUGGGGCCGGCGCAUAGUGUGAAGAUCAUGUUUUUUCCUGCGACCUUUGCUUUAGCCGCUGCAGUGUCUGAACCAAACAAAAGAUUUGUGUAUGAACCUUCGAAUGUCUUUUCUUGGCGUGCAUACUUGCCGCCGCUGGAGGUAAGGGAUGGUGUGCGGUGCAGCCGCUGUCUCCUUCAUUCCGAUGUGGCCGUGUGUUGGCCAUUUCAAACAUAAUCCUCACCUGCAGCGUCGGAUGCUGCUUGCAGGGUUGGUUACAAGCUUUGUCAAUUUUGAAAGUGUGUGGGGUGAUUUGGAAUGGAUUUGGGUCUUUCAUAUCCUCUUCCGAAUCCUUACUUUGGUGGCGGCCUAAUUUGGAUGUUUUAAUCAAAUAGUGUGCUUUUGUAGCCCUCCCCGUUUGGCUAUAUGCUGGAUUGAUAGUAUUCUCUCCUGGGCUCAUGUCCUUUAGUCUGAUGUAGUGCAGGCAUCCGCUGCUGCCUAUCAUCAUCUUAAGAAUAGGAAAGGAGUGCCUUGGCAAACGAAGGCUUGGUCGAGCAUGCCCAAAUUGGGAAGGUUUAUGCACAUGGGACUGGUUUGGUGGUGGUGGUGGUUGUGAUGGUAGCAAUGAUAGCGGUGAUACUGUCACACAAGGCUUCCAAUGAGGCUGGCGGGUGUACUGGGGUGCAUGGGUGGCUUGCUGCCUGGAUUGCUGGAUGUGGGGGGCUGGGGGGUACAUUUGUUGUGCAGGUACCAAGACUUGGAUCCGUUCCAGUUCAGCUCGGUGCAGUGAUGAUGAUGGUGCAAUUUAUGCUUGGUAAAUGAUGGGCUGAUGGGAUAGCAUGGUGGCUCAGCAGUGCUGGGGUAAGUCGUUAUGUUGUUGGUGGUUGUGGUCAUGGUAGUGGCUUAGGACGGACAGGCGGAUGUGAUUCUAGCCUAUAGUGUCCCUAAGAGGGGUGCCGUUGAUUUAAGUGUCACAGGCCGGAUUUCAGGCCAAUAUUGUCCGCUGCUUUGGGUGCACCGCUGGGUGUUACGAAAUGGCUGGUACUUUUUUAAGGGUGCGGGGUGGAGGGUGCAACAGUGGCGGACAGCGGACCUGCUGGGAGCAAGCUUGGCGCCCUGGUUUGGUUUGGAAAAUGGUCAGGGCUGUUUUGCUUUGCUGGGGCGCCACCAGCCCUCUGCUGAAACAAGCUGUUAGUGGCUCUGAUGCUCUUUGGCUGAUCCUCCUUGCCAAGGUGAUGUAGGCGAGGAGCAUGUGGGCUGAGUGCUGAGGAAUGAUGUUGUGAACAAUGCUACCCUUUUCUGAAACUGUUAUAGUGUUAUAUAUUGUUGGCAAGCGAGUACCCACGGCCUGUUGUUUCAUCAAGCAAUGAAGCUCCAUGCUGUCAACUGUUAAAAUAUUGCUAAUGCUCAUAAGGGAGAAGAAGAGGUGUUCCUACACGGCGAACGACUGGAAUCCUAUGUGGUGGUACUGACGAGAGUGAUGUUGUGGUGCUGGUAGGGCCGGUGUUGGCCCUGAUGAAUGUGGUGAGGUUCAUCCAAUGCCGUGUUCCUGGUUGGACCUGGUCAUCUGCUCCAACCAUACACGUACCCUUUCUCCUGGCCCCUUGCAGCGUUUAGGUGGUUCCCAUGAAGCCGAUUAUCCUAACAAUGGAAAGCAGUGUCCGUGGUGGUGGUGGCGGGUGAUGGAGAGAAGCGCUGCAUUGUUCUUACUGUUUGCGCGAGCGAUGUUAACACACCUCAUGGAUUUCAUUCUCCCUUGUGCUUUGACACUCGCCUCUUUCUGCUAUGGAUGUCCUUGCGAGCUGUUGGGGGAGGGUGUUCUGGUUGAGUGAUGAGAGGUUCUUUGCUGUGUCCCAUGGGUCGGUGGGCUGCCUGCAUUACUGGCGGCACUUGCUCUGUGAACUUUUGAAGAUGCCUCGGAUGAAGGGGUUAAACUGAACUGAUUCCUCGAUGCUUCGGAAGGGGUUGGGGGCUUUUACCUGGAUAUGGCAAACAGUGGCCAUGGGGGUGUGUGGAUGCUGGAUGGGUUCCUCUUCUUGUUGCUCGAAGCUACUGGUGGUGUGUAUCAUCCCUCCGUCCUGAUAUAUUUCCUAUGACCAUAAUGAGAGGGGUUCUGCAUGUGUAGGAUGGUGAUAGGCAGUAUUCAAUACAAGCGACUAUCCUUUCUUUUCUGUAAAAGAAAGCAGCUGCAGUAUGUAUGCGUAUGGG